GUGGGCAUUCCCUUUCCAGUGUAUAUGACAUAGAUGGGGGUGAGAAGUUGGUCGCCCAGUAGUUCUUUGAGUCAUUAGAUAUUUCUGGAAGUCUUCCCUCGUCGUUUUGUUUCCUCUACUUAGCGUUGGGUUGCACAUCAGCGGAUAAAGGCACGUCGGACCACAUGGUUAGACUAAUUCAAGGCCUCCAAUGUCUAGUCAGGUGAUUUGUGUCUCCUGUAAGUACCCUCUAAUUCCUCAUGAUGCCAAGUUUUGUGGGAAAUGUGGCGCACCCCAGUCACUCACAAAAGCUUGUAUUCACUGUAAAGCACAGCUGUCUCUCGAUGCCGUGUACUGUGUCGUAUGUGGUGAGCCACAGAAGCAGAAUGUUACUGUGAAACGGUGCAUACACUGUGGUGCACAUCUACCCUCUAUUGCUGUAUAUUGUAGUAAAUGUAGGCAACCUCAAGCCUCAUCAUCACAGGAGUCCCUAAAAACACAGUGCAUAUUUUGUGGCCGUGCUUUGUUAUCACCAGGAAAAGAUUGUAUAUUUUGUACUGCACCACAAGAUUAUGAGGAACUUAACAAGCGACCUUUUAAAAAGUGUCAGGCUUGUGGUAGACAUAUUUUUUAUGAAUCUAGAGUUUGUGUUGAUAAGUAUUGUUCUGCCAUACAAAAGUCUCCUCCUACCUCUGCAAUUCAUCAUACCAUCCCAUUUACUACUGAAUCACAAGCUCCUUCUUAUGAUGUUCAACCACAAAAUUACUCUCCUCAGCUUGCUUCUUAUGCUACUGCCGGUCCUCCUCCUGCUAUUCCUCACCCUGCUGGUCCUCUUGCUGGCCUUCCUCCUUCCACUGACCCUCCUCCUGCUGACCUUCCUCCUUCCUCUGACCCUCCUCCUCCUCCUCCUCCUGACCUUCCUCCUUCCUUUGACCCUCCUCCUCCUCCUUCCGCUGACCCUCCUCUUGCUGAUCUUCCUUCUUCCUCUGACCCUUCUCCUCCUGCUGACUCUCCUCCUUCUGCUGACCUUUCUCCUCUUGCUGACCUUCCUCCUCCUUCUGGCCUUCCUCCUCCUUCUGGCCUUCCUCCUUCCUCUGACCCUCCUCGUCCUCCUCCUCCUUCCGCUGACCCUCCUCUUGCUAAUCUUCCUUCUUCCUCUGACCCUUCUCCUCCUGCUGACUCUCCUCCUUCUGCUGACCUUUCUCCUCUUGCUGACCUUCCUCCUCCUGCUGGCCUUCCUCCUUUCUCUGAUCCUCCUCCUCCUCUUCCUCCUUUCUCUGAUCCUCCUCCUCCUCCUCUUCCUCCUUCCGCCAACCCUCCCCCUCCUCCUGCUGGUCCUUCCCCUUCCGCUGACCCUCCCCCUCUUCCUGCUGACCCUGACCCUCCUCUUGCUGGUCCUCCUCCUGCUAGUCUCCCUUCUCCCAGCUACCCUCCUUCUGCUAGUCCUUCUCCUCUUAGGCCUGAUCCUCCUCUUCCUCCUGCUGAUCCUCCUGGUCCUCCUGAUUCUCCUGACUUGUCUUCACAGCCAACUGACCGGCCAUUUUUGUCGCAAGAACAAAUAAUGAAAAAGUUUAAACAAAACCAGUCUAUUACUUCCGAUUUGUCUGCUGCUCAAACUCCUCUGGAUCAAGGAAAUAACUCAGCUAGUAGGCAAAAACAAAAUUCUGUAACUACCACAGUUGUAGGUAACACUGAUCGUGUAACUGCAAUGGUUGGCGGAGCAGUCACUUGUGAAAAAGUUGAUGAUACGUUUGGAAUUAUUGGCGAACCUGUUACAGUAAUUGACAUUACUCAGAAGUCAGAAGAAGAAUGGACAAUAUUAGAUGGAGAUAAGAAAAAUGGGGAAAAUAACCAACAAUCGGAGACAGAAAAUCUAGGAAGAGAAAAUGAAGGAACUAGUGAUAAUAGAAGUAAUGACACAGAGGAUAAAUUAAAUAACAUAAACAGAUCUAAUGAUGUUAUGGGUGGUAGUAAAAAUGGAGCAAUUAGAAAUACCAAAAAUGGAAGUGGUAAUGGUAGUAAUGAUAGUAGAGAUGGAGACUCUGAAACAGAUCGUAAACAAAAGGGAAAGGAUGCAAAGGAAGGUGAAAAUGAUGGUGCAGUAAGUGAAAGAGUAGAAAGUGCAAAGGAUGAAGCUAACAAAAAGGGACAUAAAGAGGGAAUAAAGGAAAGUGGGAAAAGUGGUGAGAAUAUAAAGGGUGGAAUUAGUGGGAAAGGUGUUGGUAGUAGUGGAACUGUUGGUGGUAAUGAAAACAAGCCAAGAAGUGAGAAGAAAGAUGAACUACGUGUAUGCCCUAAUUUGCCAACAACUAAACUUCAUGUAUUGCAGCCUACACAGAAUAGGGCAAUGAGAUUACAAUUUAAUGCUGUCAUUCAAAAGGAAAUUUGGAAAUGGGAAGAAGGAAGCUCUGAAGUCUACAUGAGAUUUGGACACAAAAGUCUGGGAGAUUGGAAAUUUGAUAUUGGUCCAUGUAUAUUACUGAGAGAUGCUGGUGGAGGAUUCCAUUCAGUCAGAUAUGAUAUGACAAUCAAUACUGAUUUUAUAGUGUCCUUAAAAAAUGGUCUUCCAUACAAAUAUGUAGUGUAUUCUCCAUUGAUAAAAGUGACGCAUCAAUUUGAGUACCUUCAUGGAGCACCUCCUUAUCAAGGUGUCAAUACAAAUAGGUUACUUAAAGUACCCAAGGAAAAGUUAGUUCCUGGAGGUUUCUAUAGACAGUUUGACACUAUCAUUUUACCUGAAACUAAGGUUAAAACAGCCAAAGGAACAUUAAAGAAGGUUUGGGAUAUUAUUUCAAGAGCAGAGCCUGAUGAUCCCACUGCCAUCACUGUUCCUACUCCGACUGUGAUGCGCUGUCAAUGUAUGGAAAUUCACUUGCAACCAACAAGAGAAAUUCUUUUGAGUGGAAAAUUUAAGGUGAAACUUGAUGUAGCAAUAAAUGGCUGUGUGUCUCUAAUUCGAUGUGCAUUUUUGCAAUGGGUGGAACAUAGAGGAGGUGAGAACCGUUGGGAAGUUCCAGAUAUUGGUUCAUUUUUAAUUGACUGGAUAGAAGCUGUUCUUGUUAAUCUAAAUAAGCAACGAGAUUAUGCAUAUAAUUCUGUUACUUCAGCUGUACUUUUGGCCUGUUGUUUAUACAAACUAAAUCAGUCUGUCAAUGUUCCUUUUUCAAAUGAGUUUAGAGUUGCACUGCUUCAAGCAAUGAGUUUAUCAAUUACUAACGGAGAAAAAGAACUUAAGUUUUUAAGGAGUAUGAUAGGAGAAUCACCUGAAGCAAAGAAUAUUGUUGUAGUUGCUCUUGUUCAUUACUUAAGAACAGUUAUAGCAUUGCAGAAGCAUGAGAAUGCCAUUGUUAUUGUCAAAGCUUUACCUUUAUACCACUUUUUGUGUGACCUCUCAGUGCCCAAUCAGAAGUCAUGUGUUCCUUUAAAUCAGAUAACUUGGGGUGAUCCUUCAGUUAUGAUUGGAAAAUUACAAUCAACAUUACAAUUCAAAUCAGGGUUUGUUCAAAAGCACGAAAAAGAUAUUCAACAGUUAUUUCAGUUUGAUUCAAAACUUCUUUACAUAAUCCCCUACAUUUGUCCCCAGGAGGAUACAGUUAUUCUUUGUGACAUGUUGCCAAUUGAGCUAGCCAUUGUGUGGCUUAUUGAAAGACUCAAUUUACAUUCAGAUACUCACAAUUUGAGAUUAUCAUCAGUGACUGAGAACAAGAUGAAUCAUUGCUUCAGGAUACCAUUAGCUAACAUUCUUAAAAGAAUUUAUGAGAAAGAUAUUACCACUUUUGCUGUAUUAGUCUGGUAUUCUGAUGCUGCAGGUUUUUUGCUUGAGAGUUUUCGAGACAAACUAAAUUUUUCAAAAAAUGCUAAGAUUUUAGUAAAAUCUAUGAUUUCACUCUACCUUCACAUCCUUUUUAAAGCUAAAUUGUUUCAAGAUCAGGCUAAUAAUCAGGACACUCUUUGUCAGAGUCUAACUGUUAAUGUAAGAGAACUACUAAAGGACUGGGUUGCUCAUAAAGAUGUUAUUGGUGGAUCCUUCUUUGGUGCUUCCUUGAAGUUUGCUGGAACAACUUUUCAAGAAUUGAAGAAAGAAAAUGAAGAACUUGAAUUUUGGAAGAGCAUUUUAAGUCUUAAGUUUUCAGCAGAUGUAAUGGAAAAUGAUUUAGAAGCAAUAGUCCUGGAGCUUGUUAGUGAUAGAGUUUCUGAAAUUCCAUCACCUGAGCUGAAGAUUAACCUUUUUAUUAAUGUUGAGCACCGAAAAGAAAUUGCUGAUUCAUUCCGGAACAUAUUUCUUACGAAAGCAAUUGAAGCAUUAGAUAGUAUGUUUUCAAAGAGAUCAAUGACACAAAGUAUUCAAAGAUGGGAUACGUUACUUGACUUAAAGUCUGAACGGGUUUUUAAGCUAAUUUCUAAAAUUAUUGAGAAGAGGUAUCCUGAAUUUCGCAGAACACAAGAAAUUCCUUUUAAUGAUUUGCUUGAUUGGGAAAUGUGGCCAGGAAUUCUUAAGAUCUCUUAUGCUCAAGUUGGGAAAGAUACUAGAGAGUCUGGUGAAUGGAGGCUAAUAGUGACUUGUGCAGUCAGUAAAUUAGAAGCAGUGUGUGCUAAUAUUAAUAGUGGUGGGAUCACUAUUACUGAAUUAAACAGCAUUAGAGCUAAGCAAAUACAAAUGAAUAAACUCUGUGAAGUUAUUGAUGAAUCACGAAUAAUUGAUCUGCAAAAGAGUAUAGAGAAGCGACUGAAAGAAUUUGAACAUUUUGAAGAAUACAUGAUGAAAUUGAAGUACUUUCUUUCUCAUAUUCGCAAAAUAUUAGCAGGUCAAUAUAAUUUAAUGGAUGAACUUCAAAAGAACUACGAAGAUGAAAAGAUCAAUAAGUUAUGUAUUACAGCAUCAGAUGGUAGCUGCGAGGUUGUGUCUUUUUCUGAUGCUAGACCACUUGAUCCUUGCCUGAAUGGAUUCUUCAUUAUCUCUUCUAAAUACUCCAGUGAUAUCUUUAAUAGGCUUUGGCAUAAAAAUAUGAGUGAGCAACCAGCAACAGUUGAUUCAUCAAAAAUAUAUUCAAUAUUAUGGCAGCCAACACUUCAAUCUUGCACCUUAUUAUUGAAAAAAUUGCAGUCUGGAGACAUGACCUUGUUAGAAGUAGAUGAUCAGUUUAAGAAUGUUUACUUUAAGAAGCUUGAUAAGUUACAGAAAGAUCUCAUUAAUCUUCAGCAUGCAGCUGAUGCCAUCAAUCAUAUUGUCACUGAUGAUAUCAACUGGAUAAAGAAUGCUGUUGUGCAUAUUGGUCAGUAUUGGGAUUUGUGUGGCUACAGAGAAACAGCAGAAUCAUUUCUUAAAAUUCGUGAUACACUUAAUUUGACUGGAGACUUUGUUAUAGUGGAAAGAGUAGCAUCAAAGGUUUCAUCUAAUCAUGCCACACUGAGCACUAUUGAUCAUAGUGUGGUGGAUGCUGGAAGAUUUCUUCAAGAAUAUGCAAUGGAUACUGCUAAAAGAGAAUGUCUUGAAGCAUUUGCUGAUUGUCAGAAAAUUGUAGAAUGGAUUAGAAACGAAACAAAAGAUGUAACAAAUUUAGUUAAUUUUGUGACAGUUGCGUUAGCUACAGCAGCUGGUGGAGAGGGUGAUAUGACUACUGAUAAGCUAUCAUUCUUACGUACAGUUGGUAGUGGGUUUGGUCCUUUAAUAUACAGAUUAACAAAAGAUGCCAGUUACCAGAAACUGCAGGAGCUGUGCAAAACAUUGUGGGUUACUCUAGAGACAGCUCCUAAUCUUCCAGAAAUGAUGAGAACAUGUGAAAGAGAAAUUGAUUGGUAUCAAUCAGUUAAGGAAACUCAAGGCUCUGUGGAAGUGACCUCUUUUGGUCAGAUGAAUAACAUUAAUAGUUAUGGUAUCUAUGAGAUUGGAUCCUCUAAGAAAGGUAUUUUGGUUAGUCGUUCAGAAGGUAUCCACUUAAGAAUGAGGCAAUCCAAGCGUAAGAGGAUCCACAAGUUGCAUUAUAACCUUGAUGAGCUAAGAGACCUUGAGAGCAAACUAGUACUAAUAACAGGUAGAGAAACAAAGGAAAGAAAACAAGUGGAUUUGUUUCUUGAUGUUUUCCACAGUGUCUGUAGGAUCACUGAUGUCCUAAUAGAGUUACAGCAACAUGGCAACGACAAAUAUAUUGGAUGGACCCUAACCUUCUCUUGUGCAUUGGAUGACAUUGUAAACUGCCUUCAGGUCAGAGCUAGUGCAUUGGAAGAAGAUCUGCAAACUUGGAAAUGUCAACUUGCUCAACAAAGAGAUAAUUUUUAUGAACUCAAUUACUUUACAACUCCACAACUUCUGUCCCUCAGAGAGGAAUUAGGUCAAUUCAAAGGAAGUGCAGUACCAACUAGACCAGUCAAACAAGAAGUCUUGACUCUACUGCAGAGCAUCUCACGGGAAUUGUCUUCCAAUGCCAUCAAAAAUGAAGUUCAAACAGUUAAUGGUAUACUUGCUGAGCAGCAAUUUUUGCAAGAUCAAUUAUUUACUCAUAGCAAAUCAUCGCAGUCUUAUUUAUCAGGUUAUGUAGAUCCUCCUUCUAGGCUACUAUCAGAUAAUGCUUUGCCAAUACAAAAUGAUCACAAUUCAUUCAUACCAGCAGCUGAGUUACAUGCUAAUAGAGAAUCAAUAGGGAACAGAGACUCAGUACCAUUAACUAAACCAAUAGUAGAAGCAGUACUUAAGACUGUGACCCCCUCAGGCCCUCAACCUAAGCUGACAGAUGAAGAUUUAACUGACAACCAGAAAGCAAUGGUAUAUGAUCUAAAGGAAGAGUUUGGUUUUUCAAGGAAACUCAUUUUUCUUGCAUUUGAAAGAUGCGAAAAGCCAAAAGUACAAGAAGCAGUAAUGGAGUGGUGCAAUGAGAAUAUUGAGAAUUUUGACUUCACUGAUAGUGAUGCUGAAAGUGAGACUGCUACUGAAAUAUAUCCUGAAGAUGAGGAGGAGCUACCUUCAGAAGAGGAAGAUAUGGAGAUUGAUGUUGAAGAGGCAAUCACACUGCAUGAACCACCUUACCUUCCUGGUUCUUAUUCUGCUCUUGAAGAGUCCUUUGAUAGACCUGUAGAAGCUUGGACUGAAGUACCUCCUCUUGCGUCACAUACUGUCUCUCAUUCUUCUCAUCCUCCAGCCUCUCGUCCAGCUAGGCUAAAAGUAGUUGAUCGAGUACCCAUCAGUGAGGAUCACCCUGUCGUUAGAGGUCUGAUUGAUUCUGGCUUUACUGUAGAAGAGUCAUUAGCUGCUGCUGAGCAACAUCCAGACAAUAUAGAAAGAGCAAUGGCUUCUCUAAUGGAAGGUCCACCUGAAUCAGGUGAACUGUUUGCUCCAGUACCUUAUGAUAGUGUCUUUGAGAGACAUGAUAGCAUUGGAGAAUAUGAUAGACAAAUCAGUGCAGACUCUGAUGAACUACAAAACUUGGUAAUCACAAGUAGUGAGAAAACUUCAGCUGAAAAUUACCUCACCAUACUGGCACUGGGUAUGACUCUACAACAACUUUCUCAAAGUAAUAAACCCACUGUUGGCUUGCAGAGAAAAUUUCCCGAAGGACUAAAAUGUGGUGAACCUAAUCUACUAGUAACCCCUCCAGAUAAAGUGUUUAAAACUGUCCUUUCGCUAUACAUGGAGACUAAAGACCUUCCCAUGCCAACAUAUGAAGAGGUUCUUAUUUGUAAUGAGAAUACAACUGAGGAAGAAGUGACUCUAUUGUGGAAGAGAGCAAUGGGAGAUCCUAACCACUUUAGAAUAUUCUGUCUUGUACAUGCUGAACUGCUCUCUUAUCAAGUCUGUGAUAAAGCAUUGAAAUCACUUUCUGAUUGUUCUUAUGCUAUAAAUGAUUAUAGGCUAGUAAUAGUAUGUAGUGAUGAAGAUCUUGACAAGUCUCAUAUGAUAUCGAAACUUCAGUUUUUCAAGCAACAGCUGGAGACAUUCCAUCAUGAUGAUGAUUACAAACAAUAUUUGAAGUCUCAUUUUGUGCAAAAUCCUAACAUUUUAGGAAGACGAGUACUUGCUUCUACUAUUGACAGAGAAAAUUCAUGUGUACGUGUGGUGACAUCUGAUAGAACAGGAAUGGGCAAAUCAUUGUAUAUUCAAAGAAUGAAGGAAGAAUUAAAGAGCAAGUGCUAUGGAGUCUCUUCUGAUGUUAUUAUACCAGUUCAUGGUCCUAAAGUUACUAGUGACAGUAUUGUUCAGUUGUUAAAAAGUAGUGUUGGUAGUAAAGACACUAAUCAAGCGAUUAUAUUUCAUCUUGAUAUUUCACCAAAUGUGUUAAGGCAGGUUGAUUCAGUAUUGUUCUCAUUACUGAUAUUACAAGCUGUAUCUGACAGUCAGGGGAAAAUAUGGAGGUCCUACAUUUCUCAUCUAUAUGCCAUUGAAGUCUCUGUAUUAAAAAAUGAUAUUAAGUUUGCUAAGCCAACAGUUGAACUACUUAAGCUUCUUCCUACAGUUCAGUGUUUGUCUCCUAGAUCAGUCUGUAAUGUGCUUGAGGAAGGAAGAGGAGAUGCUUCUGCUCGAUUGAUGGAUGAAAAAGAAUUUAGGAGUUCACAUUUUCAACGUGUCUAUCAGUACCUGAGGAGACACAUUGGCUCUUCUCCAUUAGACAGAUUCUCUUAUAAUCCUGGACUAGUUGAAGGAAAGCAUGUUGAAUGUUUACAAGUUUUAUUAAAGCAGUGUGGAGUAAAAGAUCCAUCAUGGUCUGAAUUAAAACAUUUUGUUGAAUUUCUCAAUACUCAAUUGAGAUCUUGUGAGAACUCAAUAUUCUGCAAUGAAGAUAUUGUUGGCGAUGUCAUGUCUGGACUUAAGACUUUUGUAGUCAAGUUUAUGAUCAGAAUGUCCAAGGAUUUUGCCACAUCAUCUCUUAAAGGUGAGGUAGCUGCAGAGAAUCAAGAAGAAAUUCCUGUAGAAGAGACACUGCAGGAAUAUCAGAUUGAUGAGAGAAAGCAAUGGGAACAAAGUUAUCAUCCUUAUUUGUUCUUCAAUGAAGAUGGAAUGAGUAUCACAUUUGUUGGUUUUAACGUCACUCGUACUGGAGACCUAAUGGAUCCUGUUAAAGGUUUGAUGAUAGAAGCAGGAGUAAUGAAACCACAACUGCACACUGGGCUGCAACAUAAUCAGGUCAAUCUUUCUGAAAAUUAUCAAUCCUGGCAAAAGGAUACUAUGAUAGAAAAGAUUGGAAUGGUAAUGGGUCUAGAAUGGAGCUAUGAUCCAGACCCUACUUAUGUACUGACAGUUGAUAAUGUCAUCAAAAUAAUGGCAAUACAUAUGAGAUUCAGGUGUAAUAUACCAGUAGUUAUAAUGGGUGAGACUGGUUGUGGUAAGACAAGACUAAUCAGGUACAUGUGUGAUCUUGCUGCCAGAGGCUGUAAAGAUGGAGGAAGUCAUGUCCAAAACAUGCUUAUUAUGAAGGUUCAUGGUGGUACUUUAGAAAGUGAUGUUAUUAAAAAAGUAGAAGAGGCUGAAAAGAUUGCAGCUAAGAAUAGAAAUGAUCAUGAAAUUGAUACAAUAUUAUUCUUUGAUGAAGCUAAUACAAGUGAUGCUAUUGGCCUGAUAAAGGAAGUGAUGUGUGAUAGAAGAAUUAAUGGCAGACUAAUUGAAGCUGAUGUUAAGUUUAUUGCUGCAUGUAAUCCUUAUAGGAAACAUACUGAUAAGAUGAUUAGUAAGCUUGAAUCAGCUGGUCUUGGAUUUUUUGUAAAAGCAACAGAAACUCAGCAGAAGUUAGGUAAAAUCCCACUCAGGCAGUUAGUGUAUAGAGUACUUGACUUGCCUCCCAGCAUGAGACCAUUAGUGUAUGACUUUGGACAGUUGAACAAUGCAACAGAGAAGGACUAUACAAGACAGAUAGUGAAAGAUAGAUGUCAUGCUAUUGCUGAAGUAACUGGUCAAACAGCUGUCAUAGAGUCUGUGGCUAAUGUACUGGCCUGGUCACAGAAAUACAUGAGAGGAAGAAAUGAUGAAUGUAGUUUUGUUAGUUUGAGAGAUGUGGAGCGUGCAAUGAUUGUCUUUAAGUAUUUCUGUCAGAAGAAGGAGCAGUUUAGUGAGAGUGUUAGAGAUAAAGCUCAAGGAGAUGAGAAGCAGCCAGUGUCUGAUAUCACUAGAGCACUGAUAUUAUCAGUUAGUGUGUGCUAUCAUGCCAGACUACAAGAUAGAAAUGAAUAUGAGGAUGGUGUAGUACAACAAUUCACUGCCCCUCUAGCAAUAGCUGGAAGAGAACAAUUCAGCAAUGAAAUUAAAUGGUGUCAGGAUGUCCUUCUUGAUAACAUGAAACUUGGUCCUAAUAUUGCAAGAAAUGCUGCACUGAGAGAGAAUGUGUUUAUGAUGGCAAUAUGUAUUGAAUUAAGGAUACCUUUGUUUCUUGUUGGUAAACCAGGCAGCUCUAAAUCACUAGCCAAAUCCAUUGUUGCUGCUUCAAUGCUUGGAAGGUCAUCUGAAAAACAACUUAUGAAAGAAUUUAAAGAGGUUCACAUGUUCUCCUAUCAAUGCAGUCAGCUAUCAACUCCAGAGAGUGUCAUUGAAGUAUUCAAUACUGCCAAGAGUUUCCAGAAGAAGCAAGAUGUGACUAACUAUGUAUCAGUUGUUGUAUUGGAUGAGGUUGGAUUAGCUGAGGAUUCUCCUAAUCUUCCAUUAAAGGCUCUUCAUCCACUACUGGAGGAUGGAACAGAGGGAGCUGAUGACUCUGAACAGUUUGUAGAUCGUGAGCAACGUGUUGCAUUUAUUGGUAUAUCAAACUGGGCAUUGGAUCCUGCUAAAAUGAACAGAGGAGUUAUGGUAACCAGAGGAGACCCUGAUGAGAAAGAACUAGAGCUAUCAGCAAGAGGAAUUUGUUCUAAUCGUGUUGAUGAUCCAGUUAAAGAAAGGCUUGAUGCUUAUUUUCAACCUUUAUCGGCUGCUUAUAAGAAAAUAUGUGAUGAGCAAGCUAAAGUUAAUAAAGCAUUCUUUGGACUUAGAGACUUCUACAGUUUAAUUAAAAUGUUGUACUGGAUGUGUGAAAAGAGUGGUCGCCCUCCUACUGGCCCACAGCUUCAACAUGCUAUUAAAAGAAACUUUGGUGGCCUUGAGGACUUUAAAACUUAUGAAAUAUUUAAAAAUCUUCUUCCAAACAUUGACAAAGUACCUGAACCAUCUUCUGUACAACAAGAUAAUGAGUUGCUUAAUCCUGACUGUACUCCAUUGGGUCUUAUUAGGAAAAGUCUCCAAACUAAGGAAACAUCAUGGCAUGGAGAGAAUCGUUAUUUAUUAUUUUUAACUGAGAAUUAUGCUGCUCUACAAGUCAUCAAGCACUUUCUUCAUGAAGAGGUUGGCCUGAGGCUUGACAAAUCUCUAGAAGGAGAUCUUUCAUUAGCAAGCUCCAGUGCCAGCAUGAUCUCUGAGAGAGGUCUUGAAGAAUCACCUGUAUCCCCAAGAGGUAGGAGUGAGCACAAGAUGAGUGAGCACAGGAUAGAGCCUUUUGUACUGUUUGGGAGCUCAUUCCCUAAAGACAGAGAGUACACUCAAGUGUGUCGUAACAUUAAUCAGAUUAAAAUAUGUAUGGAAACUGGUCGUACUGUCAUCCUCCUUAACCUUGAGAACCUGUAUGAGAGCUUGUAUGAUCUACUAAACCAGUAUUAUAUAAUACUAGCUGGAGGACAGAGAUAUGUUGAUCUGGGACUACAGACACAUAGAGUGAAGUGCCGUGUUCAUAACAACUUUAAGUUAAUUCUAAUAGCAGAGAAGAGUACAGUAUAUGAGAAGUUCCCUACUCCUUUGAUCAAUAGACUGGAAAAACACUUUGUCCUAACUGAGACUGUACUACAAGAGGAAUGGCAAAAGGAAGUGCAUAUGAGAUUAAAUUAUUGGGUUGAACAAUUCAGCAAAAUUAAUCAUACCAAUAAAAAGUUUACCAAGCAAGAUGCAUUUGUUGGUUAUCAUGAUGAUACUCCAUCUUCAGUCAUAUUCCAAGCCACUGAGCAGCUCCACAGUAUACAAUCAUGGAAGAAGAAUUUUGACUGGAAUGAGCAUCACAAGACAGAUGAGUGGAAGAGAGAUGUGCUCAUAUUCAGCAAGAAAGUACUACUACAAAUGGCUUCACCCGAUGCUCUCAUUCGUUUACACAAUACUUCUUUAUCUGAUCAACAAAAGAAGCUUAAAAAUAUAUAUUUUAACGAGCAGUGUCAUGGUUCGAUAGUACAGUUCUUACAGUAUCAUCUUCAUGGAGGACAGGCUCAUCAAUCUGGACUACUUAUCCAAGUGACCACUCACAGUCAUCUUCUUUCUAGUCUUGAAGUAAAAGAUUUGUGUUUUAAAAUUGAAUUGGAGUAUGAUUGUGUAUCUUGUUUCUUGUUACAAGAGUUUGAUACAGAAAUGGAUUUUAGUAACAAAAUAAGUCCUACUUUCACAAGAGAUUCUCAUGGAACCGAUAAAGAUUAUCUAUUAAUCAUUCAGUGUGAUUCAGGUCACUUGUAUGGUGAUCUGUUAGCUUGUGCUAGAUAUCGUAUUGAUGAUGAGAGGGCAAAGUUAAAGUGGAGAGAAGGACAAGGAUCAACUCAUGUUCUAUUUGUUAUUCAUCUUCCUCGUCAGGCAGAGACUCAGAAGUCCUCAUUUGUUGGAUUUCAAGGAGGCUCCUGGAUAUCAGCUCACAUUGAUGAUAUUAGGGCUCCAACAGAAUCAGCUCUAACACUUGAUGAUGCACUGAGUUCUCCUAUCAGUCAGUUGUUUUAUAGCAGACGCUUUGAAUCAGAGCCUGAGCCUAGUGCUAGUAUUGAAGAGCCAAUGGAAACAUACGAGGAGGAAAGAAUGGGAUUAGAAGAUGAGGAAGAACUGAUGGAGAAUGAGGCUGAUCAUGAUGUGCUGGAUGAUCUUCCUUUUGUGAAACCUUCCUACCAGGCUCCACAGUCCAAAGGAGACCACACUCAGUGCUGUCGCCUCCGUACCAGUGUACAGGCUACUGUAGCUAAACUGGUUGAGAGUGAUGAGACAAGGAGGCAAUGGGGGGCACACCGCUUGAAACUACUACUAGAACUUAUACCACAGAGACCUAUUUUCCCUCUAAGUAGUGAUACAUUUUAUGGAGCUUUAGUUAAACACAUAAAGAACCUUUUGGAAGAAAGAGAGAAGAAUUCAUUAUAUAAGGAAUGGGUACUGAAUGAAGCACUGAGCACUGAGAAGUUACAAAGUGGUGGAACAUUCCAGAAUGUCCUGACAAGACGAUUAGAUGAAGUUAUUGUUCCAUUAUUUGCUGACAUCUUAUUGUUUGUUGAUCAUUACUCUAAUCUUAACCUACUAAAGGAAGCAAGGGAUUAUGUUGAGCAACUGUGGUUGGCAAUAUUUAGUAAUGAGGAGUUGGUGUUGUUCAGUUAUCAGAGUUAUGCUAUGGGUAAAGGUAUUCAUGAACUACAACCAACAACCACUGGAGUAAUAGGAGGAAGAGUAUUAGCUGCUGAUGAAGAGUUUGUGUGUUGCUUCCCUUUCUUUUGGUUAAUAAAAGAGGCCAUUGAAGCAAAACUGGACACAGUUAGAACCUCCUCUAGUGGAAGUAGACAAGAUAUUCAUAUUCAACUAUGUGAAGUUUUGUCUGAAACACAACUUGCCAUUAUUUUAAAAAGAGUACCAGAAGAAAAUUGGAAUGAAAUGUACUGGUAUUAUCUUGGAGAUAUACUGAGAAGUAUACAUCAUGUACCUCAUCAUAGAGCUAGUGAUGAAUAUGAGAUUAUUACUAAAGCUCUUGAUGCUAUUAUCACUGGUCCUGAAUUCACUCAUCAGUCACUCAUGUCUUAUCUAGCAGCAGUUCAUGUAGUAUAUCAUGAUUAUCAACAAGAAAUGAUGUGGUUUGGACAACUUACUACUCAUAUACCUGGAAUAUUAGUUCAUUUGAAAAAUGCCAUAGAGGUUCAUAAUUUGCAGUACAUGGACUUACCUCUGCAUGCUGUUAGUGUUGCUAUUAAACAUGAACUAUCUCUUCCACUUAAACCUGAAGACAGAGAAUAUAUUCCACAAAGACUGGUCAAGCUUCAGUUGUGUCAAAAUGCUAUCAAUUCAAUUAUUAGUUUAGGAUUAAAUGCACCUAAUGAGCAAUCCAAAGAACUAUGCAUUGGAAUAAAAUGCAAAUGGCAGCAUGUUAGAGCCAUACAAAUGUUUGUUGAGCACAUUGUCACUAAAUUCUCUACAGAUGACAAGAAAUUUGAAAAUUUAGUGAAGUAUGGUACUAGAAUUGAAUUGUUUCUGAAGAAUUGUCAAGAAUUCACAAGAGUCCAGGCUAUUCAAAAAGUCCAGACAGUCCUUAGAACUUUAGACAGUGAUGCUGUAAAGAAAUUCAAAUUUUCAGCUGAUCUACAGAAGAGGAUUCGUGGAUAUUGCAAGGCCUUUUUCAUGGAAGUUGUUUCCUCACUCUGUUUUGGUCAGACCACUCCUCCCGAGCCUCAGCUCAUUGAAGAACUGUUAAAGGUUGUAUUCACUGAAAAAGAUAAGACAAAAGAAUUGACUUACUCUGAUAAAGAAGAGACUGAUGCUGUUCCUGUGAUACGUUCUUUCUUAUUACAACUACUACUGGAGCAUAAUAUUGAUGCUGUUAGAGAGCAUUUGGAAGUAUACUUCUCAAGAUCACGACAAUUAAUAAAAGAUGACCGUAAUCUUUGUCUGCUUUGCAUCCAGUGUUUUGAAGAUUCAGUUCAUAAAAGAUACAUUGAAGCAUCACUUCAAGAGAGAGUUGCAACAGCAUAUGAACUACUGAAGGAUGGAGGGACUGUGGUCUUAUCUGCUCCUGCCCCAUCUCUUGAGGGUGGAAUCACAUUACCUUAUUUGGAAGGAAUAGCAAAAAUUCGUUAUUCACUGAGUAUAGUAGCAGAACUAUUGCACUGUCAGAACAGUGGAGAGAGACAGUGUCUUCACACAAAUUAUUCACGGUUACUCUUAGAAAUGGCUAAAAGAUGCUGUGAGGAUGUAAAACUUAAUUAUAAUGAAACUGAUAAAGACUCUGGGCCUGGUGUAUUUCUUGUCAAACAACUAGCAAGACAAUAUGGAGUCACUUUCCUUACUAAUGUGACUUCAGAGGAAGAAAUGAAAUGGAUUAUACCUAUAAACCUACGUCAAGAGGAAACAGGGCAUAAUGAUCCAUUUGUCAUAUAUCAGGAUUAUAAAAAAAUAAGAGCUUGUUUGUCUGAUGCUGUGUAUGGGGAAAACUUGGAAGAACUAACACUAGCCAUCCAAAAUCUUAGUGAUGCUGAAGUUAUUCCUUUACUUGUUGGAGUGUAUGAGAUAGUGACUGGUAGUAAUACAUUUACUACUGAAGCUAAGAGAAUAUCAGGUGAGACAAAAGAAGGAAUACUGGCUGCUGUUAGGCAGUGUAAAAGACUCAAGAGAGAACUUAUGUGGGCUGCCCAGCAUUUAAUUAAUGAUUCAUAUUGUGGGACACUGGAACCAAUGACUCUGAGACCAGGAAUAAAUCCACAGAAUAGAUUACUGACUGAUCUAGUGGUACAUGCUGCUAUUAUAAUACAGUCUAGCAAUAAGAAACUAGUAACUCCAUUCGUUCAAAUGAUAAAUAGUCCAGCAGAGCUAAAGAGAGUCUACAUGCCUACAAUGCCUGAAGAUAUCCUACCUUUGGUCAAAGGUGCAGUUGGUGGAGGACAAUUUUAUGAAUGCCCAAGAGGUCACAGAUACUUUAUAUCAGAAUGUGGACGAGCAUGGACGGAAAGUACUUGUCCUGAAUGCCAUGCACCAAUAGGGGGUAAACUUCAUGUACUCAUUGCUGACAAUAAAUUAUCCAACAAUACUGAUAAUACGGAGACUGGCUAUGCUCUUGGUAACCCAACCCAACGUGAAGCUGUUCCUUCAACUGAAAGAGCUUUAUCUCCAUCAUCUUGUGCUAUAUUGAGAGCAAUAAUGCAUUGUUCUUUAUUAUGGAGCUCAUGUACUAAUGAGCAUGCAACUGAAGGAUUGUUGGACCUCACUAAGGAACAAGUCAGACCAGCUGAUAUGCCUACGUUCUUCUGGGAACAUUUAAUGCAUGAUAUUCACAUGCUGAGUACUGCUAUAGGAAAGAGUAGAGAUGAUUCUUGUCUGCUAAUGCAUUUAAUAUUAAGGAAUAUUGCUUCUCAAAAUACAGCAAUACCUAUUGCUCCUGGGCUUGAUUCAAGGGAAUAUAGAGCUGAAUGGGAGAGAUGUUUUUCAGACACUUUUAUAAAGCCUGUGCUGAUGAAUUUGGAUGCUGAAUUACAACAAGCAACUCGGCUACUAUUGAGUGACAAAAAAGAAGAGUGUGAUCAUUUGUUUUAUGUGAUUCAUGAGAGAGUACGAUUAUCACCUAAAGCAAUAACUCCUCAUUUAUGGAGCUAUAGAUCACGUAUUACACUGGAACACUUAUUACAAGUUUUACAGACUAGGAAAGAAAGAUAUUCCAUUUUAUAUGAAUUUGUAAUACAGGAGCCACUACUUAGAGCAACUCAGUAUCUUCCUGCCAUUGUCAAAUUACAGCAGGAAAUGUAUCGGCUGAGCCACAGGAGACUUGACAAGAAUGAAGUUGCUAAGAUCACAAUAGGAAACUACGUUGACAGUUUAAAGGAGUAUAGAGGUAUACAUAAUGAAAAUAAGAAGAAUCAAUUUCAAGAGAAACUAAAUUGUGUUAGAAAGGCAUGGGCACUUGUCAAAGAGAGAUUAAAGGAUCAUUCUCGUGUACCAGUUGAUCUUGAGUUUGUAAGGACAUUAACAUGGGAUGAUAGUACCCCCCUCUCUUAUCUCAUACCCACACUGACUGGUCAUGGAGUAUGCACUGUAGCACUAGUGGACCUACUGGUUGCUGUUCAUAAUGAUUUUGUGGAAAAAUGUCAUUCACAAUUGAAAAAGAAACAGAAGAAAGAAAUACUAUGGAAGAAACAUAAAGUCCCAGCCAGUCAAAUCCAGUCAUGUCAUCUGCUAGAUUAUGAGCAUCAGAUUCUCUCAAUCGUCCUCUCACACUGUCACUACUCACUGGAGCAUGGAAAGGGACAGAAUGUCAGCUAUGAUUUACAAGCACUUGAAAAAAACAUUGUUGAUAGAUUCAUACAUGGAAAGCCACUGGUACUGUUAGAGAUACCUCAAGUUGUGUACAGGAAAGAUGUUUACACUGCUAAAGCUUUUGCCAGCAUACGAAAAAAUAUCAAACCACAGGUUAAGCUGAAUACAAAGCAACAGACUGAAAUAGUGACUGAAUUGGGUAGUAUGCAAAGAUUAAGGGAAUGCCUUGAUGUGGUGGAGAUUGUGAUUAGUUUUCUCUCUUCUGAAAAAAGAGGAGGAACAGCCAAUAUAGAACUUAAAGGUUAUGUAAAAAAAGUACUGAGAAUGGAAAAGAAAUUCACCAGCAAAAAGGCAAUGGAAUAUUGUACACUUGGUCAUAUCCUCUCACUUUGGGAGACCAUUUCAGUACGAAUGGCAAAAACUCUAACAUUACGCAAACAAGAGCCAUUUGAUUCUCUUGAUCAAGAGUUUUAUGAAAAGUUACAAGAAGAGCAAGAAAGAGAAUUAAAGUCUUUUUUGAGAGGCGUUGACAUUCCUCCUUUUCUCAACCUUUUCUUUGAAUUUAUUGAAACUAAUGUCCGUCAUAGGGAAGCACAUGAGAGAAAUUGGCCUCUCAGAGAUACAAUGUAUGCACACUUGGAGAGUUAUGAGCUUGAAAAAGAAUUGCCUAAUGGCUUUGAAGAUAAUUUUCCAGAUACUAUUACUUUGAAGCAGUCAGUUGCUACUUGGGAAAUUAUCGUUUUUCAUCAGGAAAGACAUGAACAAGAAAUUAAUGAACAAUGAACUAAAAAUAAUUUUGUCUUUUAUGAUUUCGGUAAUUUAAUGAUUGUAGUGAUAUCUUAAAUUCUGUA